CCCACGCGGACACGGGGAGAACAUGCAGACUUCACACAGAAAGGCCCUCGUCAACUGCUGGCCUCGAACCCAGGACCUUCUUGCUGUGACGCGACAGCGCUAACCACUACACCACUGUGCCACCUCCCUAUUAUACCACAGUGACCAAUCAAGAAGGGUGAAGGCUCACACGCGCUUUGUCCGAGAAAUGUGAGGCCAGCCAGCCACAUCUUCUGCUCAUGCUGCAUCACAGGCCAGAGUAACACACUCGGAGGAAAGUGCUAUUUACCCUCUUCCACAUACAUGACCUCACGGUUACCUAGUGUUGUCAUGAUUAACAGGGGAGAAGCUAAUUUUGCUCUGUUGGCUCCCAGCUACAGAUGGCUAUAGCACCACCAGGAUUUGAUCUUGCAAUCUCCUGAAGAUAGGGUGAAAAGUUUUCUAUUGCACCACUCAGGAAUAACCAAACUCUGGAAUAUAAAGUUUUUUUUUUUUAAUAGACAUAUUUCAGGAUGUCAAAUGACUGCUAAACCCUACUGUGCCCCUCACUGGUUGUCCUCCCCCGACACACUCAAGACUGAUUCAGAGUCAUAGGCAUUCCUUUUUUAAAUCUAUCAAGGAUACUCCGAUCAGAGAAGAUCAGACUGAACCGAACUGUUUUGUAAGGCUCAGCGGAUCAACCACACACUGAGUGUCGCGUAUCAGUGACCACAGCCUGUUGGAAUCUGAGCCGGGGUUGUGGGGAGGGGGGUAACCAGUUCACUGUGCACAGAUCAAGUCCUCCACGUUUGCCAGUGAUAGCGUGUCAUUACUGUUCACAUGAGAAGCUCCAGAUAACCGACCAGAGUCGGAAGGUCCAAAGAUGCUCCAGAGAAGCGUACUGUAGGCCCCAACUGCACAGAUACCGUGUGUAAUGACAGCAUCAGUGUGUCUCACAGCAUAGCAGCAGGUUUUUUUGAGGAGAGCUUGUAUAUAGCUGCAAAUCCCCAGUAAUGGCCAUUGAUACCUAAAGGACUCCAGAUCCACUGACAGAGGCAAUAUUAAGGAUACCCAUCUUCCUCAGUUCUGCGGAUCGAAUUUCAACCAGGAUUCCCCUCAGGUAAGAUAGGUUAGGGGCCUUGGUAUCAGUGCCAUUGGAGCAGUGUGCACUGGUGACAAAAGGAGGACUCAGGAGAUAUCUGCACUGAACUGGAGGGCUAAAGAUACUGGGAACAAUGUCUCAUCAAACGGGUAUCCACGCAACUGCAGAUUUGAGGCAGUUCCUGGUCCAAGCGAGGCAAGGAGUCAGCAGAGUCAUAAAGAUUGUCAUAAGGAGUGAGCAAUUGGUGUUGGGGUCCUACAGAGAGCCCUCUCAGAGCUGGGACCGAGACUAUGACCCAUGUGUUCUGCCUCUGUUGGACUCAUUGGAGCCUUGCUACAUCCUGUUCCGUCUGGACACGCAGAACCAACAGGGCUAUGAGUGGCUCUUCAUCUCCUGGUCUCCAGAUCAGUCGCCUGUGCGAUUGAAGAUGGUGUACGCUGCCACUCGUGCCACACUGAAAAAGGAGUUUGGGGGAAGUCACAUCAAAGAUGAACUAUUCGGAACCACACAAGAGGAUGUGUGUUUUCAGGGUUACCUUCGCCACAUGUCCUCUUCCUCCAGCCCUGGUCCCCUUACUGCAGCUGAGCAGGAGCUCCAUCAGAUCAAAGCCACAGAGGAGGAGCGAAGACGAGUCACUACUCUGUCUGGGAGAGCAAAGACACAGAUAAGUGUGGAGAGUAAGCCGCUGAAUCUGCAGGGUUUGGCGUUCCCAUUACAGGAGGAAGCUAAACGAGCUUUACAGCUACUCAAACAAAGGCGCAUCAACUACAUCCAGCUAAGGCUGGACACUGAGAGAGAGACAAUAGAGCUGGUCCAUACCAAUCCUACAGAGAUUCGUGAGCUGCCAGCCCGAAUCCCUGCUGAUGCUCCUCGCUAUCACUUCUUCAUGUAUAAACACUCAUAUCAGGGCCAGAGUGUGGAGGCUGUGGUAUUCAUCUACUCCAUGCCUGGGUACAGGUGUAGCAUCAAGGAGCGGAUGCUCUACUCCAGCUGUAAGAACCGCCUGCUGGAGGAGGUGGAAAGGGAUUACCACAUAGAGAUCAGUAAGAAGAUGGAAAUAGAGAGUGGAGAGGGCUUGACGGAAGAGUACCUAUAUGAAGAAGUUCACCCUAAGCCACAGGCCCUGAAACAAGCCUUUGCCAAGCCGAAGGGCCCUACAGGGAAACGGGGUAACAAGCGUCUGAUCAAGGGAGUAGGGGAGAAUGGUGAAGAGAGCUAGAAGCUAGAAAAGAGCUGCGUGAACUGAGACGAAGCCUCCAGAAAUUCUCCUGCAAUCUGCAACUUGUCUGACUCCUCUUUCUGUUGUUCUGCCUUUAUUCACACUCGUGUUCUUACUAAAUGUUCUGACACCCACUGUAUUCACAAGGCCACAAAUAUUAAACAAGACACUCUGACUAUUUUGCAUAAUAUUCAAAUAAAAUGUGUUUCUGUACA